UGUCCCCGUUUCAAGGAGCGGCAGGAACAGAAGCAAAUGAAGGAGAAGCCAAGGGCCGGUGGCAAGGACCCACAGAAGGAGCCUCCUCCCCAGACGUCCCUAGGAAGCUCUGUGGCGUGUCCCCUCCAUCCAGCUCCUGCGGAGGACGUGCCGUGCCCCUGGGCAGGGACCGCCCCGUGCAUCACAGCCUGGCAGCGUCCCUCCAGGAGAUCUGGCGCUGGUUCCCACCAGACUGUCAUCCCCAGGUCAGUCUCCGCAUUUCUGCUGACCACGUUGCCUUCGUCGUGAGAUCAUGUCUUUCCAGAGAAAUCCCACUAAUGCCUUCAUUCUGUGAGACCGGUAUAUAUAGGGGCAGCCUUCCCCGGGCUGCACUGUGCAGGCCAGCAAAGGCAUCGCUGUCCUCCAAGCGGUUGCACGCCCCCCUCGCCCUCCCUUGGAACAAGACGUAGCAGCAGCAAGCAUGGACAUUACCAUCCAGCACCCCUGGUUCAAGCGCGCUCUGGGACCCCUGAUUCCCAGCCGUUUGUUCGACCAGUUUUUCGGAGAGGGUCUCCUGGAGUAUGACCUCCUGCCUUUGUUCUCCUCCACUAUCAGCCCCUACUACCGGCAGUCCCUCUUCCGCAGCGUGCUGGAGUCGGGCAUUUCAGAGGUGAGGUCUGACCGGGACAAGUUUACGAUCAUGCUGGAUGUAAAACACUUCUCUCCUGAAGAUCUGAGCGUGAAGAUUAUCGAUGACUUUGUGGAAAUCCAUGGCAAGCACAGUGAAAGACAGGAUGACCACGGCUACAUCUCCCGUGAGUUUCACCGCCGGUACCGCCUGCCCGCCAACGUGGACCAGUCUGCCAUCACCUGCUCCCUCUCCGGCGACGGCAUGCUGACCUUCUCAGGCCCCAAGGUCCCCUCCAACAUGGACCCCACCCACAGCGAGAGGCCCAUCCCCGUGUCCCGGGAGGAGAAGCCCACCUCCGCGCCUUCCUCCUAAGCCCGCCGGCCGCUGCGGCACGCAGGCUGCCACCGGCCGCAGGUCUCGCUCCCGGAGCCAUUGCGUAGAUAUCAGUGAAUGCCUAGAGGGGUUUGUUUGGGUCUUUUAUUUCUUUUAUUCCCCCCCACCCGCCCCUUUUUUGUUUAUUUUCUCCUUCCCGUGGGUGGAACGAGGGGCUGGGGGAGUGGCAUGGUGGGCUUUGAAUCUGAAGCCUGUGAGCCAUGCCAGUCAGGAUGGCACAGGCUGCGAGUGCUGCCGCGCCGCUGUGCUUGCUGGAAGGGUCUUGGUGCCGUGCCGUGGUCCACAACCACUGCCAGGUAGGAGGGAGGGCACGAGUAACGCUGGCUCCUGCUGCACCGAUGCUUGUGGUGGGGCUUGGAGCAGGGGGAAGGCCCCAGAGACUUGUUUAUCCCACAGGGUUGAACUGGCUGCUCCUAAAAACGCAACUGGGCCAAGCCAAGCACCUCUCCUGGGAUGCUGUGCAUGCGUGAUAAAUGUACCACAGGUUUCUCGCAGCCGCAGGACGAAUAGCAGCGUGUUGCGUUUGGGGAUCGCAGCACAUAUUUUUAUUUCAGCAAAGUGUUCAAGUGUGUCUGUGCACACCGCCAGCCUGUCACUUCCCUUCGGGACAUCUGGCACUAGGGCACGCACGCCUUUCCAACGUCUUCAUAGGCUCUCUGGGGAGAGAGGGGGCUCAGCACUCUGCAGAGGCUUCAAAUCCCACCGAGCUCAUCCCAGCCCGCGUGUCUCACCCCCUUGCUCUUGCCCUCGCUGUACUUCUAGCGUAGCUCCACCUGAUCCACUGGUAUCUGGCACUCAGCCUGAGAACUCGGUCACUGGCAGUCAAUAAAGAGAUAUAGGAAACAUGCAAUUGGCUUCGGGGGUUUGAUUUGUUCUUUUCCGAGGCGUUCCUUAAAAAAAAAAAAAAAAAAAAAAAAAAA